AUGAAUCCACAGUUCAGAUUUAAUCUCAGACCUGUGAUUCAGAAUAAAAGCAAUUCAGGAACCCCAAAAGUUUUUGUUAGAAGUACAAGUACAGGAAACAAUGUUCAAAAUAUAUCUAGAACGCCAAUAGUUCCCUACAGACAAAUAUAUGGAGCUAACCUUAACGAUCUCCAGGGAAUUUAUACAAUGAUUUCUCCACUACAAAGUUUUAGAACACCUCAAUUUGAAAAUCAACAUCACAAUAACUUUGCUUUUGAAAACAAAAAUUACAUUCAAAUUAAUACUGAAAGAAAAUUCAAUUCAACAAAUAACUCUGCUGAAGAGUCUAAUGUAUUAACAUAUAGAUCAGAGUCUUAUAUCCACAAUAAUUUUAUAGAAUACAAACAAAAUGAACUAACACAGAGAACAGACCAUUCAAAUGUUAAGAAUCUUUCUGAAAACCAACUUUCCACAAACGAAAUUUUUGAAACAGAAAAUGAUAGUUUUAUCUCCCAGAAUAUGAGUCCAAGCAAGAACUUAAUGCAUAGUGCUACUAAUAUCCUAACUAAUAAAUCACAAAAUGUGACAAAAGAAAUAAAAGUUUAUCCAAAUGACCCUUCUCCUACUCAAAUUGUCAAUUCUUUAAACAUAAACAAAGAGUCUCAUUUAGAGGAUCAAAAGGAUAACAUUUCUUUGGAAAGAAUUUACGAAACUAAUCCUUUAGAAAAUCUUUCCCAAUUUAUUAACAAAGUAAAAGAAAAAAUAGAUGUAGAAGAAAUAGAAUAUGAUAUUCUCAAUCUUAAUCAACAUGAAUUUGACAAAGAAUCACUUAUUUCUUCAAGUGAUACGCAGGGAUGUAUGGAAAUUUGCAUAACUCCCCCUUUAUCAUCAGAACUAAUAACAUCCAACAAUUUCUAUCUCCCAGAUGAUAAUAAAGAAGAAAGUCAAAAUGGUUCAAUCUUAAAAAAUAAAGAUAUCUGCGAAAACUUUACUAGUUCAGAAACUCAAAAAAAUGAUAAACUGGAGAAUCAAAACAAAACAAAAAAAUAUGAAGAAAGAAGAUUUCGAUUUUCAUCAUUUUGUCCAAAACUGAUUAAUUGUUUAUUUCCAUGGAUACCUUUUGAAGAAUAUUUUGAAAGCCACGAACAACCAAUUUUCUAUAUUUCAUCAAACGAAGAAUCCCAAAAACUAAUAAGCAGUUAA